AUGGGCGCGCUGCUGACCCUGCUGCGUUCCGACCCGAAGAAGCAGCCGUCGACGAAGAAGGGCUACCGUGCGUCCGCGCCGACGAUGACGACGCGGGCCAACAUCGCCAUGGCGAACAGACGUGCCAGCAACAGCAACAUCGCCGGCGGCGACAACAGUGGCGGUGGCGGUGGCGGCGACAGCAGCGGCGGCCGCGCCGCGUCCGCCCGCGAGGUCGUAUUUCCGGAUUCGUUCGAGGUGCUGCCGCAGCCGCACGACCUCAGCGUCGUCUUCAUGACCGGCGUGUCGCACGAGCAGCAGCGGAAGUUCCGCUGCCGUUUCUGCGGCAAGGGCUAUCGCUGGAAGAGCACGAUGCGUCGCCACGAGAUGGUCGAGUGCGGCGGUAAGCCGCCGGCCUUCCAGUGCCCGCAGUGCCCGUACAAAGCGCGACAACGUGGUAAUCUGACCGUACAUUUUAAGCGGCAUCAUCAAAAGAUGGGCUACGACGAAGGCUCCUCGGCGUCUUAA